AUGGCCGACGUCAAGCGCCCCUCCUCGCCCCCCGCCGCCGCUGCCGGCUCCGCGUACCAGGUCGCGCGCCCCCACGGUGCCAACGCCGUCAGGCGUCGUGCCCCCGCCGCCCCGCGUCCCUCGUCGGCCCGUGCCGCCGGUGCCGGUGGCUCGAGCAACACCAUGAUGAAGCUCUACACCGACUCGGGUGACGCCGGCCUCAAGGUUGACCCCUUCGUCGUCAUUGUCCUCGCGCUCUCGUUCAUCGCCUCCAUCUUCUUCCUGCACAUUGCCGCCAAGGUCGUGCGCGCGCUCUCGGGCAACUAA